ACCCCGAAAAACUGCGUCCUGCCCAUCUUUGACUUUAGUAUUAGCUAGCUAGCCUAUCUAACUAUGUGGUGUAUAGAGAGGGGCUGCUAGUGCACGAAGGGUUAACGCGUGGCUGUGGAAACCUGAUGCUAAUGAAGUUCCUGGAAUGCCAUCAUCACAUCCUGACAUGGUGGAGUGGGAGCCAGACUCCUCAGUGUGGGUCUGUCGUGCACGCAGGCGGCAGUGAUGCGAGAUUCUCUGCACUUCUUCACCGAGGAAAACAAAUUCUGCAACAGAAGGCGUUGUUGCAAGUGAUGCAAGAUGUUGUCAUCAGCGGUGUUGUUGCUCCUGCUCGCGUCAGUGCACGCUGACAUCUGCAGGGGGAAGACCUGCUCCCAGACUGGAGACCCGAGACCGUGCACCGGCGAGCACUGCCCCGGAAGCAGGUCGUCCAGACCGGUGCGGCACUCUCAUUAUGCCACCACCGCGGUGGUCCGUCCUGCAGCAUGCACCGACGAGGACUGCGUGAGAUCUCCUGAAUCCACGAACCACACGCGGGAUUGCAAAGGCUUUGAGUGCAGGCUUCCACUCAGGAUCAGACCCAGGGUCCGAGCGAGGGCGUGCGUGGGAGAGAGCUGCGUGGACGGGGCUGCUUCAGAGGACAGCUCGCCGUCUGGAGCUGAGCAGCUCCUUCCGGUGCAUCUGGCCGACAGAGCCGCGCAGUUUCUGGGAGACUUCCCCGAGUUUGGAUAUCCGUCGCCGGAAGUUGGUGGCGCGCCUUUGGGGGUCCAGCUCACCUGUGACGUCAAACCAGGUGAAAAUGAGGUCCCCUCAGAGGACGCCCUCAUCCUCCACCUCCAGCUGGCUAAAGGUCAGGAGAAGCUGGUGGAGGCCUUGCGGGCCCAGCAGGUAGUCAUCCGCGACCUGCAGCACAAGCUCGCCGACCAGCAGGAGGCGCUCCUCUCCCAGCAGCGCCACAUCCUGGAGCAGCAGGGGCGCAUGUAUGAGCAGAUGGAUGCAGUGAAGGCCCAGUACGGCCUCCUGCUGGACACCGUCAAGCAGGUGUCCUUCCGGGGCCUGCAGGGGGAGCUGCAGAGCUACUUUGAGAGCCACUUGGCGGGCCUCCAGAGCCAGGCCCGCAGCCACCUGCAGAACGCCGUGCACAAAGCGGACGCCAAGGUGAUGGACGUCGUGGGAGAGGCGCAUAUCCCUCAACCGCUUAUCGGCUGUCCCUCAGCCUGCGGGGCGGAUCACUUCUGUGAUUUUCAGCGAGAUCCUCCGCAGUGUGAGAAGUGCACCAUGUGUCCUCCUGGCUUCUUCCUCAUUUCAUCGUGCUCUCCUACUGCAGACACCAUGUGCCAGGACCGAGAUGAAUGUCUGGGGUUACCAAACAUCUGCGGCGAGCGAGUCAAGUGUCUCAACACACCAGGAGGCUUCCGUUGUUUGGGAGUGUCAGCGAGAGAAGCGGAGAAGGGUUUCUGCGGCCACAACUACUUCUACAACCAGGAGCUUCAGGAGUGCCAAGCCUGCUCGGAUUGCGAUGGACACGCUGUCGUCGUUCCCUGCAUGGCUGUGGCCGACUCAGUUUGUGCCUCGCCCUCAGAGGGCCGUCUCUCCCAGUCCUGGAGCGCCACCGUGGUGGUUCCCUCGGCCAGGAAGUCCAGAGGCCACGUCUUUCCCGGGCUGCAACUGAGCGUGCGAAGCAAGGAGAGCAGUGAUCUUCUGUCCAGCGAUGGUGGACAGGUGACGUUCCUGCAGCACGGCCUGCUGUGGCUGGAUCUCAACUUGGCCAUAAAGCACAGCUGCAGGAACUUCCUCCAGGUAGGUUUGAGGUUCAAUUCCAGCCAGGAAGAGGAGGGUCAGGACCUGAGUGGCGUACGCAUCGAGCAGCCAGAAGGGAAGUACAUCCAGGGAGCGAGCGUGAGUGCCGGGCUGGAGGUGGAGCCCAAUGACACGGUGAGUGUCCUCCUGAGGAGUCCCAAUCAACACUGCAAUCAGAGCAAGGACCUCCACGUCUACGACGUGACUACACCUACUUUUAGCUUACUCUGGUUGUCACAUGACACCGGCGCCGUCGCCAUGAGCGCCGACAUGUCCCUCCUGGCUCACUACCAGGCCAACUACCGCCCGACAUUCCGCAUAACAUCAGUCUCUGACCCCUACAUGGUCGGAUUGACACACGACAGCCGAGGCGUGCGCUUCACGGAGAGCGGUGUGGUCAAGUUUGUCCUCCAGCAGGCGCUCUACUCCAUGGGACACACCUGCAUUCGAGAGGGCUUCUUCCUGAUUGCCUACGCAAGCCGCAACGGCACGGGCCAGGAGGCCGCGCAGGCCUUCAAGACUGGCGUCAACUACAGGGACACGUCCAUCACACUCUCUGGCACAGUGGCGGUGAGCGGCGGCGACACACUCAGCUUUGAGAUCACAUCACCGUCGCAGUGCAGCAUCCGCUACUUUGGCGACAGCACCGGGAUCAGCAUGCUCAGCCUCGUCUGGAUUCCUUCAGCGGUCUCGUCCGCUCUCACCGCCACCGUUGCCAAGGCGGGCCAGCCUCUCGGAGCCGUCCGGAACAAGCCGCUCACCUUCCAGCAGGUCUCUCCGGAUUCCCCACAGGUCCGCUUGGCUCGCUCCGGUGAGGCGAAGAAGAACUUUGUGUUCCUGGAGCGGGGCACGGCCAACGUCGCCCUCAACCUGCGGCUCAUCCACUCGUGCAACAUUGUGAAAGUGACUCUGCAGCGAAGCGGCAGUUCGGGUGGUCCUGUGGCUCAGCAGGUUUCCGGACACAUGCCGGAGGGGAGCGAGUGGGCCAGCGUGGGCUUGAGGGCCUCGUUCCAGGUGGAGAAUGGCACCGCCGUCUAUGUCACUCUGGACUGCAUCCGCGGACGUAUCAACCAGAUUUCACAUGAUGGCGGAACCAAUAUUUCCAUCCUUUGGGUCGCUGCGUGAUGCCUUCAAGACAGCUUCUUUUUUUGCACAAUUAGUGUUUCAAAUCUAUUUUUGUUCAUAUUUUACUGUGAAAGUACUGCUUUUAGUACUUCAGCUGGUUGAGCAGUGACCAAAUUUGUAUCUUGUGUGUGUUUGAAUGUACAUUUUGUACUUAUGUAUUUUAAAUGUACAUCCUUUAAUAUCAUCAGUACUGUAUUUGUAUGCUAGCUAUACUGCUUUUAUAUUUAUUUACCAAACAAUGCUUUUUUAUCCGUCAAAGCACAGUCAGCGUGUACUGUAUGUGU